AUUUGUAGCGUGUUAUUCCAUGGAAACCGCGUUUGUGAAAAAUAAAUAGCUUUUAACAGAUUCGUUUGUUAAGUGCAAAUUUCACUUUUAUUAUAAGAAUUUUUGAUUAUACUAAAAUGAAAAUAGAAGAGGUCAAAAGUACCGUCAAAACUCAACGCAUUGCUGCUCAUAGUCAUGUGAAAGGACUUGGAUUGGACGAAAAUGGAACUCCGCUUCACAUUGCUGCCGGCUUAGUGGGCCAAAAGGACGCACGUGAGGCUGCCGGAGUCGUUGUGGAUUUGAUUAAAUCUAAGAAAAUGUCUGGAAGAGCACUCUUACUGGCUGGUCCCCCUGGUACUGGCAAAACUGCUAUUGCUUUAGCUAUAGCGCAAGAAUUAGGAAACAAAGUACCGUUCUGCCCUAUGGUUGGAUCCGAAGUAUUUAGCAGUGAAAUUAAAAAAACCGAAGUACUCAUGGAAAACUUCCGUCGUUCUAUUGGUCUUCGUAUAAGAGAAACAAAGGAGGUAUAUGAAGGCGAAGUAACUGAGUUAACUCCAGUGGAAACCGAAAAUCCUAUGGGUGGAUACGGCAAAACUAUAAGUAAUGUUGUCAUUGGACUAAAAACUGCGAAAGGUACUAAGCAGCUUAAGUUGGAUCCAAGUAUAUACGAAUCUUUGCAAAAAGAAAAAGUCGAGGUUGGAGAUGUUAUCUACAUUGAGGCAAAUAGUGGUGCAGUCAAACGACAAGGACGAAGCGAUACAUUUGCAACCGAAUUUGAUUUAGAAACUGAAGAAUAUGUCCCAUUACCAAAAGGUGAUGUUCAUAAAAAGAAAGAAGUAGUCCAGGAUGUCACUCUACAUGAUUUGGAUGUUGCCAACGCUCGUCCACAAGGUGGUCAAGAUGUACUCUCGAUGGUCGGCCAAAUAAUGAAACCCAAAAAAACUGAAAUUACUGACAAAUUACGAAUGGAGAUUAACAAAGUGGUAAACAAGUACAUUGACCAAGGUAUUGCGGAAUUAGUUCCAGGAGUGUUAUUUAUUGAUGAAGUUCACAUGCUUGAUUUGGAAUGUUUUACUUAUUUACAUAAAUCUCUUGAGUCAGCCAUUGCCCCCAUUGUAAUUUUUGCAACAAACAGAGGUCGAUGUGUGAUUCGUGGCACAGAUGACAUAGUUUCACCUCAUGGAAUCCCGUUGGAUCUCUUGGAUCGCCUUCUUAUUGUGCGAACGGCUCCGUAUAACUUGACAGAGAUUGAACAAAUAAUAAAACUACGGGCACAAACUGAAGGAUUGGGUAUUGAAGACUCAGCAAUACAAGCUUUGAGUGAAAUUGGGUCUAAUACUACUUUAAGAUACGCUGUACAAUUAAUGACUCCAGCUCAUCAAACAUGUAAAGUCAAUGGAAGGAUCCAAAUUACUAAAGAUGACAUAAUGGAUGUAAAUUCACUAUUUUUGGAUGCCAAACGAUCAGCUAAAUUUCUCCAGGAAGCUAACAAUAAGUUUAUGAUGUAAUAAAUAUUUUAUUAGUAUAUGAAUGAUUAAAAUAUAAUACUGUAAUUUCAUUAAAUAAACUUUGUGUGAGGUAUAAUAACAACUCUGAUCUUGU